GGAGCCGGAAGUUAAGGCGGGGAGGGGGGGUGAGGGUGGAGGGAAAAGCAAGCCCGAAGGUGCUUGCGGCCGCUUCUAGUAGUUUCCAGGCGCUGCCGGGUGGCUGGCACCAAGCGGUCCUGAGGUUGUGACUGCGGCUGCUCGGGAGCUGGUGGCGGCGUGAUAGGAGAGCCGAUGGCCAAGUGGGGCGAGGGCGACCCACGCUGGAUCGUGGAGGAGCGGGCGGACGCCACCAACGUCAACAACUGGCACUGGACAGAGAGGGAUGCAUCAAACUGGUCCACGGAUAAGCUGAAGACCCUGUUCCUGGCAGUGCGGGUGCAAAAUGAGGAAGGCAGUUGUGAGGUGACAGAAGUGAGUAAGCUUGAUGGAGAGGCGUCCAUCAACAAUCGCAAAGGCAAACUUAUCUUCUUCUAUGAGUGGAGCAUCAAACUGAACUGGACAGGGACUUCCAAGUCAGGAGUGCAAUACAAGGGACACGUGGAGAUCCCCAACCUGUCUGAUGAAAACAACGUGGACGAAGUGGAGAUUAGUGUGAGCCUUGCCAAAGAUGAGCCUGACACAAAUCUCGUGGCCUUAAUGAAGGAAGAAGGGGUGAAACUUCUAAGAGAAGCCAUGGGAAUUUACAUCAGCACCCUCAAAACAGAGUUCACCCAGGGCAUGAUCUUACCUACAGUGAAUGGAGAGUCAGUGGACCCAGCAGGGCAGCCGGCACUCAAGACCGAGGAACGCAAGGCCAAACCUGCUCCUUCAAAAACCCAGACCAGACCUGUUGGUGUCAAAAUCCCCACUUGUAAGAUUAGCCUUCGAGAAACCUUCCUGACGUCAGCAGAAGAGCUCUACAGAGUGUUUACCACCCAGGAGCUGGUGCAGGCCUUCACCCGUGCUCCUGCACUGCUGGAAGCAGACAAAGGUGGAAAGUUUCAGAUGGUGGACGGCAACGUCUCUGGGGAAUUUAUCGACUUGGUCCCCGAGAAGCAUAUUGCGAUGAAAUGGAGGUUUAAGUCUUGGCCGGAGGGGCACUUUGCCACUAUCACCUUGACCUUCAUGGACAAGAAUGGAGAGACUGAGCUGGGGGUGGAAGGCCGCGGCAUCCCUGCUCCCGAGGUAGAGCGGACGUGUCAGGGCUGGCAGCGGUACUACUUUGAGGGCAUCAAACAGACCUUUGGCUACGGCGCACGCUUAUUUUAGGGCCAGCGGGGGCUCCAACCUGCCCAACACCUCGGUCAGGCCCUCUCCUGGCGGGCUUGCGACUCACAGGAUUGCACCAUCCCAGCCGCUAAUGUGGGGCCGGGGCCCCUCCCCUCCACAUAUACCUUGGGUUUGUGCAUGUUUUCUGCUGGGUGGGAUCAGAGGGCGAUUUCUCUUUUAUGUGUACAUACGCUAAAUAAACGUAAUUUAAAAAACA